AUCCGGCGCGAGGCGCCCGGCGCUCAUUGGAAGAGUAGGCUGCGAAGGGUAGGAUGGCGCGAAGAAGCCUGUGGAGCGCGGGCUAGAUCGCCGUGGAGACACACUUAAGGGAACUCACACCGGAGAACGCAAAGCAGGCUCCACUCGGGUGAGCCCGGCGCGCACGGGCCUCUGACUGUAUCCGCCGCCGUCACCCCAGAGAGGUUCUGAGUUACCGAACAAUUGCCCGGACAGAAGCGCCGCCUUGGACGUCUCUCAGUGCUGUCCCUGGUGCAGUGAAGCCUCUCCAGGCUCCGGGCUGACGGUGUGGCCCUGUCACAAAGGGAACCGCGCACCUGGGCUCCGCCACUCUGCUGCACUCAGCUCCCGGGCUGCUCGAGGGGACGACAAGCGCGUCAGAAUUGUGUCCCUGGGAAUCCGUCCAUCUCUGUGGUCACCCCAUUGAAAAAAUGGACGUGGAUCAGUUGGACCUGAAUCCUAGAAUUAUUGCUGCAGUUAAGAAAGCCAAACUGAGGUCAGUAAAGGAGGUUCUGCAUCUUUCUGGACCAGACCUGCAGAGACUGACCCGCCUCUCCGGCCCCGACGUGCAGCGCUUACUGAAGGCGGCCUCCUCACACCUGCAAGGAGGCAGCGUCUGCACAGCGCUCCACCUGCUCCAGCAGGAGGAGCAGUUCCCUGAGCAGCACGAGCGCCUGAGCCUGGGCUGCCCCGUGCUGGACGGGCUCCUCCGCGGCGGGCUGCCCCUGGACGGCAUCACCGAGCUGGCCGGACGCAGCUCCGCCGGGAAGACCCAGCUGGCACUGCAGCUCUGCCUGGCCGUGCAGCUCCCACGGCGACACGGAGGCCUGGGGGCCGGGGCCAUUUACGUGUGCACAGAGGACGCCUUCCCCAGCCAGCGUCUGCAGCAGCUCAUCGCUCAGCAGCAGCGCCUGCGGAUAGAUGUCCCAGGGGACGUGCUCAGGAAAAUCAAGUUUGGCCACCAGAUCUUCAUCGAGCACGCAGCCGACGUGGACACCCUGCUGGAGUGCGUGCGUAAGAAGGUGCCUGUGCUGCUGUCGCGGGGUAUGGCCCGCCUGGUGGUCAUCGACUCCGUGGCAGCCCCGUUCCGUUGUGAGUUUGACCAGGCGGCCUCGGCCCUCAGGGCCCGGCAUCUGCAGGCGCUGGGGGCCGAGCUGCGCCGGCUGAGCUGCACCUUCCGGAGCCCCGUGCUGUGCAUCAACCAGGUGACGGAAUCCACAGAGGAGCGGGGUGUGGCAGCCGGGCCGCCGGGUGUCGGGGGAGAGCGGGCUUCUCCGGCCCUGGGCAUAACCUGGUCCAACCAGCUCCUGGUGAGGCUGAUGGCCGACCGGCUGCGCCCUGAGGAGGCCGCCUCCGCCGCGCCCCGCCGCACCCUGAGGGUGCUCUCCGCCCCCCACCUGCCGCCUUCGUCCUGUUCCUACACGGUCACCGCCGAGGGUGUGCGGGGGACACCUGGGACUGAGUCCUGCUGACGUGUGGCCCUCCCUCUGGUUAGGGUCCCCUCAGGUACCAGGGGCUGCAGGAAGCGCCCAGAAUCCACAGCCUGCCCCCACCCCCACCGGCUGCUGCAGCGUCUCUACAAUAAGCAGCAGCUUCCUCCCCCUGGGCCCACGUUAGCUCCCGCCCGGAUGCAGGCCCCUGGGCCCCGGCCAGACAGGGCCUCCACCUUGACCCCCACAGGCUCCGCAUCCCCUUCCCAAAGCUCCCAACACCCACGCCUCGGGCCACAGCGGGGCCGAGGUCAGACGAGUGCCCACUGGCCCUCCUCACCCCGUGGUUGGGCUGUCGGCUCCUGGCCGCCAGCACACCCCCUGGCCCCGGUCUGGCACAGGGUGGAGAACACACGGCAGGCCAGGCCGCAGGGUCCGGGAGAGGCAUCGGGGCCGGGGGAGGUGCCUUGUGCGCUGCCCCUGCCACCAGCCCCCCAGCCCGCAGCGAGCGCUAGCAGCCUCGGCGCCGGCUUGGCCCAUCUGCCGGGAAAUCCGUUCUGGGCAGACGAGAACUAUUCUAAAGGGAGAGCACAUCCCGCUGUGCCCUCAGUGCCUCCUCCAAGGCUGGCCACAGUGGCCGGGACCGUCAGCCCUGGCCUGGGGGCGCAUCCACUCUGGCAGGGCGCUCCUGCACUGUGCAUAGAACUCGGGACCUCCCAUCAGCCGGGGUCCUGCUGCAUCGGGCCAGAAACUCCAGAAUCUGAGCAUCUGGUCGUGGCAGCACAAGGCCCCACGGUCACCAAGGGACGUGACUGCCCAGUUCCGGCAGGGCUGCGCCGCCUUCACCCCCAUCAUCACCCUGCCUCUGCCCCCUCCCCGCUGCUGCCCGGCACAGAGCAGCCCCGGCCGGACAGACGUGCCGGGAAGGCACUUGCAGCCCCUGGACCCUCACCAGCGCUUGCUCUUUGCCAGGCACUGUCCUCAGGACUCAUACACGUGACGUCUGUCCUCACAGCCUGGGGCAGCCCUGUCACUGCACUUUCAGCGCCCUGGCCACCCUCCCACAGCUCCAGGAGCUAGACACUGGUCCCAAGCUCCCACGGGCUCACUGGGGCGGGGCGGUAAACCCGUCACGGGGCACACGCUUUGUGCACGUCAUUCUAGGACUGGAUGAUCCAGUUACAACUUUCAUCAUGUUUUCAAAGUAGUCUGUGACCCUAAAAAGACUGGGUGCCUAACGUUAAACAGGAAAGGGUUCUUUUAGGGUUGGAGUUUUACAAGAGAGCCUUUCCACAAAAGUACAGGGGCUUUACAACAGGAAAUAAAACACUUUAUUUUUGUAAGUAAA